AUGAGACGUAUUAACGAGAAUAUUGAUAAUUCUUUAUUAUCAUUAAAAAAUUUUCAUGACAAUAAAACUACUUUAGUAGAUUUACCAAAUGAAAUUUUACUUCUUAUUUGUCGUUAUUUAUCACCAGCUUAUGUUCUUUAUUCGUUUUAUACACCUGAAAAACCUGAAACACGUUUACAUCGUUUAAUAAUUGAUUAUUAUACAAAAAUAAAACUUGAUAAAAUACGAUUUGCUGAAUAUGGCUACAUUCAUCGAUUAUUUAAUGAUUCUAAUAAUACUCUUCAACCUGAAUCACUAAUAUUAAGUAAUGAAUAUAUAACUUGUUUAACAGAACGAUAUUUUAAUUAUUUUCGUAAAAAUCUUAUUCAAUCAAUAUUCAUCAAUUNCUUUCGUUUUUAUUCCAUGCUACAUUCAAUACUAAUUCCCUAUACUUUGAGUGAUCUUUACCUAAGAGUUUUUCUGAUGUUUUUUCUCCUGUUAAGUCUUGAUAAAAACGUCCUAUAUGCUUAUCAAUAA